GUAAUGGGGUAAAUCAUCUGCCAGAGAUUCCGUUAUGCCUCCAUCCAGUCAUUUCUCCGCGGUUUGCGUUGCUGUAAAGUAGCUUCCCCUCAUCCGGAAGUUCAGAAAUGGCCGUCAGCUGAUGCUCAAAGCAAUGCGCCACCCCUGGCUGCUCCUGAGGAUCUGCCACUGGGCGCUGCUCAUUCUGGUGUUUGUUGAGACAUUGAUCUUCUUCAGACUUGUGAACGACUAUGGAGGCAGAGGUGUGCAGAGAUGGACGGGGCCAGGAUUCAAACCAGUUAAAGCUGCUGCUGUACAAAUCCCAGAAAACCAGCACCCCAAACCUCCAGACUCGCCAUCACUCCCGCCCUUGGACCCCGAGUGGCAUUCGGUCAAUAAGAAGCGAAUCGAGCUGCUCACCUCCAUGUGCAGGAACAGCAGCAUCGGCCAUUUGUCUCACAUCUCAGUCAGCAAGUUCGUCCUGGACCGCAUUUUCGUGUCUGACAAGCACAAGAUCCUCUUCUGCCAGACACCCAAGGUGGGAAACACUCAGUGGAAGAAAGUCCUCAUUGUGCUCAAUGGACAGUUUCCCACUGUGGACGACGUCCCAGAGGGACUUGUUCAUGAUCAUGACAGAAACGGCCUGCAUCGCCUCUCCUCACUCACCCCGCAGGAAAUAAGUCACAGAUUAAACACUUACUUCAAGUUUCUCAUGGUGAGAGAUCCGUUCGAGCGCCUCAUUUCUGCCUUCAAGGACAAGUUUCAGCAGAACCCCCGUGACGAGCCGUGGUACAACGAAGACAUCGCUCCAUUGAUCAUCGCGAUAUACCGCAAGAGCCACUGGGACGGCGCGCUCACUCUCUCCGACCUGCACUUCGAGGAAUUUGUGCGUUACCUGGUCGACGUGGGGGUCCGCCGCCAGAUCCUGGAUCAACUGUUCACCAAUCGAAUCAUCCACUGGAUGACGUACACAGAGCUGUGCGCGCCGUGCGAAAUCCAGUACAGCGUGGUGGGGCACCACGAGACGCUGGAGAAAGAUGCGCCCUACAUCCUCCAUGCGGCGGGCGUGGAGGGCCUGGUGUCCUACCCCAGCUUUCCUCCAGACAUCACGCGCUACAACAGGACCAAGGUGGAGCAAUACUUCUCAGGCAUCAGCAAGCGGGACAUCAGGCGUCUGUUCGCACGCUACCAGAGCGAUUUCCACCUGUUUGGUUACCCCCGGCCAGACUUUCUACUCAACUAAAAACACUGAC